GGUACAAAGAGCAGAGUCACCUGUACCCAGCUGUCUGUCUGUGAAGAGUAAUGAAUCAAUGCAUAGUCCAAUCUACUUCAAAGGAAGGUCAACCGAUGAUCACAGAAUCCAGGUAGGAAGAGCAGAGUCACCUGUACCCAGCUGUCUGUCUAUGAAGAGUAAUGAAUCAAUGUAUAGUCCGGUCUACUUCAAAGCAAGUUUUACCGGUGAUCACAGUAUCCAGCAGUCACUGGAUUCCUGCUCUUUGGAUGAGAAGAGUUCAGUGAAAUUAUCUUCCCCUAAACAGUGUCUUCUGCACACUCUGAUGAAGCUGAAGAAGGAUGACAAGUUAAAGCUGUUUCAGAGCCAUCUGAGUCAGGAUUGCCCAGAAUGCUUUAAGAGUCUGUCUGAAGAUCCUUCUGUGCUGGUUAAGUUUAUGCAGAUGAAGGAAUUGUUCAAAAGUCAUCAAAUUGAUGAUUAUCCAGAAUGCACUGAGAGAGAGCAGGAGGAUCCUGAGGCCCUGUACAUAGUUGAGAAGAUGCUGGAGACCUGUGGCAGUGAGAGGUCUCUGAAGAUCACACCCCACAUCUUGAGAAACAUGAAGCAGAAGGAUCUUGCCGACUCACUGGAGAGAGAUGAGCAGCACAAUGAAUCCAUAAAACGAGCCCAGCAGACACUGAAAACUCAUCUGAAGAGGAAGUUUGAAUGCAUAUUUGAAGGUUCAGUAAAGCAGGGCCACCCAACCCUCCUGAAUGAGAUCUAUACAGAGCUCUACAUCACAGAGGGGGGAAGUGGGGGGGUCAAUAAUGAGCACGAGGUCAGACAGAUUGAGACAGCAUCCAAGAGACAAACCACGCAGGAGACUGCAAUACUCUGCAAUGACAUAUUUAAGCCUUUACCUGGACAAAAGAAAACCAUCAGAACUGUGCUUACGAAGGGCAUAGCUGGCAUUGGGAAAACUGUCUCUGUUCAGAAGUUCAUUCUGGACUGGGCAGAAGGAAAAGCCAAUCAGGACAUUGAUUUCAUCUUCACUCUCCCUUUCCGAGAUCUGAAUUUGAAGAAGGAAAGACCAUUCAGUCUGAUGCAACUUCUGCAACACUACUUUCCACUACUGAAAGAGAUCAAAAGCAUUGAAGGUGAUGAAGUCAAGGUUGUGUUUAUCUUUGAUGGUCUGGAUGAGUGUCGACUUCCUCUAGAUUUCCAAAGCAAUGAGAACUGCUGUGAUAUAACAAAGCCAUCAUCAGUGGAUGUGCUGCUGACCAACCUCAUUGAGGGUAAUCUGCUUCCCUCUGCUCUCCUCUGGAUUACCUCCCGACCAGCAACAGCCAAUCAGAUCCCUCCUGAGUGUGUCCACCGAGUGACAGAGAUACGAGGGUUCAGUGACCGACAGAAGGAGAAGUACUUCAGGAAGAGAAUAAGAGAUCAGGACCAGGCCAGCAGAAUUAUCAAACACAUAAAGACAUCCAGGAGUCUCUACAUCAUGUGUCACAUACCAGUCUUCUGCUGGAUUUCUGCUACUGUUCUGGAGACAAUGUUGGGUAACGUAGAGAGUAGAGAUCUGCCCAAAACACUGACUGAAAUGUACACACACUUCCUGCACAUUCAGACUAAUAUGAAGAAUCAGAAGUAUCAUGGCGCCAAUGAGAUGGAUUCAAAGAAGAUGUCAGCAUCAGAUACAGAAAUCAUCCUGAAACUGGGGCAGCUGGCUUUUCUACAGCUGGAAAAGGGCAAUCUAAUAUUCUAUGAACAGGACCUGAGAGAGAGUGGCAUUGAUGUCAGUGAAGCUUCAGUGUACUCUGGGGUGUGCACAAAUAUCUUUAAACAGGAGUGUGGAUUGGAUCAGGAGAAGGUCUACUGCUUUGUGCAUCUGAGCAUUCAGGAGUAUCUGGCUGCCUUGUUUGUGUUUAAUUCAUGUGUAAAUGAGAACAGAAAUGUACUCAGAGCAGAAGAAUCAAAACCUCACAGUGACAGAGUGCAGCUGUCUGAGUUACACAUGAGUGCAGUGGAUCAGGCCUUAGAGAAUAAGAAUGGACACCUGGACCUUUUCCUCCGAUUCCUUCUUGGCCUCUCUCUGGACUCUAUUCAGACACUCUUAGGGGGACUACUGACACAGACAGGAAGCAGAUCUGAUGGAGGAAGACACAAAACAAGGCCCAGUUUUACUUUAUUUCUCAGUCUAUGGUCAGAGAGCAGAUCAUUGAGCAUUGACAUAACAGUCCAAUACAUUCAGAAGAGGAUCAGGGAGGAAUCUUCAGCCGAUAGGAUCAUCAAUCUGUUCCACUGUCUCAAUGAACUUAAUGACAACUCUCUUGUAGAGGAAAUCAUGAGUACCCAGGGAUCAGGUAAACUUUCUGAUACAGAGCUGGAACCACACCAAUGUUCAGCUCUGGCCUUUGUGUUACUAAUGUCAGAGGAGAUCCUGGAUGAGUUUGACUUGAAGACCUACAACACAUCAGCAGCAGGUCAUCAGAGACUGGUACCUGUAGUCAGGAGCUGCAGGAAGGCCAUACUGAACAGCUGUGGCCUCACAGAGAAGUCCUGUGAUAUUGUGGCCACAGCUCUCCGGUCAUCAAACUCACCCCUGAGAGAUCUGGACCUCAGCUACAAUAACCUGGGAGAUUCAGGAGUGAAGCUGCUCUGUGCUGGACUGAUGAGUCCAAAUUGUCAAUUACAGAGACUGAGACUGAACAGCUGUGACCUCACAGCGAAGUCCUGUAAUAUUGUGGCCUCAGCUCUGCAGUCAUCAAACUCACCCCUGAGAGAUCUGGACCUCAGCUACAAUAACCUGGGAGAUUCAGGAGUGGAGCUGCUCUGUGCUGGACUGAUAAGUCAAAACUGUAAACUACAGAGACUGGGGCUGGGUUGGUGUAAUCUCACAGAGGGCUGCUGUGAUAUUCUGGUCUCAGUCCUGCGUUCUCCUCACUCAGAGCUGAGAGAUCUGGAGCUCAGAGACAACGAGCUGCAGGAUUCAGGAGUGAGAGCGCUCUCUGCUGGACUGGAGGAGCCACACUGUAAACUGCAGAGAAUGGGGCUGUCAGGCUGUAGAGUCACACAGAGAGGCUGUGAUUCUCUGGCUUCAGCUCUGUGUUCAAACCCCUCACACCUGAGAGAGCUGGACCUGAGAUACAAUCACCCAGGAGACUCAGGAGUGAGAGCGCUGUCUGCUACUAAACUAGACACACUCACACUUCUUGUGGACCAUGGAGGAGAGAACAGGACCAAACCAGGACCCAGGAAAUACGGCUGUCAGCUCACACUGGAUCCAAACACAGCAAACAGAUACCUGUCUCUGUCUGAGGGGAACAGGAAGGCGACAUACGCAUGGGAGAUAGAGGAGCAGCCAUUUCCUGAUCAUCCGGAGAGAUUUGCGUACGAGCCACAGGUUUUGUGCAGAGAGAGUGUGUGUGAGCGCUGUUACUGGGAGGCUGAGUUGAGUGAGUGGGGAAAAGUUUCGGUAGCAGUGACAUACAAAGGAAUCAGCAGGAAAGGACGGGAUUCUGACUGUAUGUUUGGAUGGAAUAAAAACUCCUGGAGUCUUGAGUGCAAUAAACGCAGUUACUCUGUCUGGCACAAUAAAAACCAAACACUCAUAUCUGCCCCCCCCUCCCCCUACCGCAGAGCAGGAGUGGGUGAUGAUGGUGCUGGUAAAGGUGUGUGUCUGUACAGGUUAGGGGUGUAUUUGGACUGUCCGGCCGGCACUCUGUCCUUCUACAGCAUCUCUGACUCUGACACACUGACCCUCCUGCACAGAUUCCGCACACAUUUCACAUCCCUCUGUGCUGGAUUCAGAGUGUGUGGAUCUUCAGUGUCCCUCUGCCAUGUGGAGUAG